AUGGCGCUGUUCCCUACGAGGGCCGAGGCCAUGGCGUGGCAAAGCAUCAGCGAGCUGGUCACAUGGGCCGGCCUCAACAUCGACGCUUUCAAGGCCUUCGAGGAAGUCGUGGGCCAUCUUGGGAGCAACAUCCGAAACGUCGCACUCCUCCCGGCCGAUACGAUCGUUGCGGCGGGAACGUACGCCAAGCUCAAUGGCGCAGCGCUCCACCCAAUUCAGAUCGUGCAGUGGGGGCUUGUGUGGCGCCUGGCGCGCCGGAUCGCCCUCACAGCCGAGGGGGGCCCGGCAGCGUGGGAUGACUACAUCGAUGUGGACCCGUUCGCGCCGCCGCCGGCCUCGACGGCGCCGCCGGCCGCCCCGGCUGCCGCAGCAGCCAAGGGCCGCAUCGUGAAGAUGGCAGAGGUGUUGGACCAAGGCGACGCCUCGGAGAUUCCUCUCGCGGACGACAACAUGCACAUCAAGUGGAGCCAGAACUACGGAGCACUCACUGGCGGUGAGCAGCCGGUGCCAGAGGACCAGCCGUCGCUCGAGCAGCUCACGGCGCUGGAUCACCGGACCCGCGAGCUCCACUCCACGCCAUACGCCGAUUUCGGCGUUUUCGGGCCCUUCGACCGCAAGGUCCGGCGGAACAUGAAGUUCCGGGCGUGGCUCCCGCUGCCUGGGGGCGGGUGGAUGGCCCGGGAGCUCCCGGGCCCGGCGAAUUUCGAGCAAUGGCAGGCGGCCUGGCGGGUCUUCGCCACGGCCUGCCUGAUGCUCGGAAUCGUCGCCAGGGCCGCGCUCGACGGAAACGCCCGCCACAUCGAGAGGCUGAGCGCGCUGUGGCCGGAGGCUUGGCACCUCGUCUACAUGGCGGACGACAAGCUCCGUUGUGACCACAUCGAGCGCCUUCGCCGCACGGUGCGUGCGGAUCUUUCUGCGGGGAAGCCCGCGCCGAGGGAGUGGGACCCGGCCAAGCCGUGGACUGCCCUCUUCUACCUGGCGACGGCCGACAGGGACUACUGGAACGACCAGGUCACGAACCCGGCGACGGCCUGGGCGGCCAAAGGUGGCAAGGGCGUCCCAUUGGACCCAGACGAGCGGCUCGUCGUGCGGAUCCUUCCGGGUGGCGCCAGCGCAGUCGCGCCUACCGGCUGGGGUCGCUACGCCGCCCGGGCAGAGCGCGAGAAGCAGGUAUGCUUCCAGUUCUCCAAGGGCUUCGGCGCCUGCCGCCUGGCCGCGCCAGGCUCGAGGUGCCCCGCCGGGAGGCGGCACGUCUGCCAUGUGUGCUUCUCUCCGAACCACGCCGGGCACGAGAAGAAGUGCCAGGGCUGCGGCGGCAAGGGCGCAGACAAGGGCGGCUCCGGCGGCAGCAAGGGCCGCGGGGGCAAGCGGCGGAAGGGGUAG